AUGGCUUCUAUCUUACACCGAACUGCUACUUCAUACCUUAAAAAUCAAGCACGAGCUUCAUCUCAUUCUGCGACAGCUGGGGGACAUGGAGGUGGUUAUAAACUGUGGAAGAAGCUGUCUUUAUUCGUAGCAUUCCCAGCAAUUGGCCUUGGCAUGCUGAAUGCUUAUCUAGGCCACCAAGAGGAGACUCAUGAGCGUCCCCCCUUCGUCCCAUAUGAGUAUAUGCGCAUUCGUACAAAGAGGUUCCCAUGGGGAGAUGGCCAGAAAACUCUCUUCCACAACCCGCAUGUUAACGCCCUGCCUUCUGGAUAUGAAGAUGAACAU